CUGAAGGCGGCACUAGGCCUGUAUUCUCUCUACUUCCUGUAAGGGAAGCUCAGUCAGCUGUCACAAUUUGAGGCGAGAAGAGAGGGACCACAGCGGAGGAGAAACACACAACAGCAGCUAAAAUGUCUAGUUUUUCCAACAAGUUGAGCGGGUACACGAUGGUUCAGCUCAACGAAAUUCUUGAGAACGACGAGAAGCUCACAAAAAUGGUACAGGAGAUGGACGAGAUCCAAGAAGUCCAGCAGAACAAGGAAAGGACACUGGGCAACAACCGAACCCUGGCAGAGCAAAACCUCGCCCUGCAGCCCAGACUGGAGCACAAGAAAGAGCAGCUCAUCAAGCGCUACAGCUGUCUGCAGGAGAGCUUUGAAUCCUAUCAACUCCGCAAGUCCACCUUAGACCACAAGUCCGGAAACACCUCCCUGGAUAUUCUGCUGGCCCUGCUUCAGGCAGAAGGAGCCAAAAUAGAGGAGGAAACAGAGAACAUGGCUGAUUCUUUACUGGAUGGGGAGAUGACUCUGGAUUCGUUUAUCGAUGCCUACCAGAACAAGAGGAAGCUGGCCCACCUGAGACGGGUUAAAAUCGAGAAGCUGCAGGAGAUGGUGAUGAAGGGCCAGCGGCUGCCCCAGGUGUCAGUCCCUCCCUCCCGCUCUCAGGAAAUUUCCGGAGCUGCUUCUCUCCUCAGCGAGGCUGGCAGCAGCUCCUCUUCUCCCCUCGCUCAGCCCAGAAGGAAGCCACCGCCACCACCAUCCCAGCCAGCACCAAUUCUAAGUCCACCUCCAACCGCUGAGCCACAGCCUCCCUUCUCGUACCCAGCAUCUCCAUACCCACCCAUUCCUCCCCGAACAGGGCAACCCUUCCCCAGCGUCCCCUCUGGCUACCCCAACAGCUACCUCUCUCAGUACCCCCCUGCUUUGCCUCAGAGGGCCCCACCCCGGAUGGCCCCACAGCCUGGAUUCAUCAUGCAGUAAAUUUAAAAAAGUUGUCACUACUGGAACUCGUCUGAGAACAAUUUAUUUCCUGUGUUGUCUGCCUUCUUGGAUUACGACCAAACACAACACAAGAAAGCAGACCUGCACCGGCUGGUCUGGUCGGCCGAAGCAGAUCUCCAAUAAACCUCUAUGGAUUCCUGCUCACAUCUCAUUCUCACCAACAAUCCUCCAACAACAAAAAGAUGAGCUCGUCUUCGACUCUUGUCCAGCCUGAGCACCUUUAGGGGAAGUGCAGCAGGCUGUGGUGACAGCGUGAGUCUGCAGGCUGCUGAGCUGGGACUCCUCAUUUAUCAGCACUUUCUGUCUCCCAGCCAUCUUCUCACCUUCCCUCAAACAUGUUCCUCAACUUUUUAUGAUUAUUGCGAAAAAAAAAAAAAAAGGGUUCGAUUAGUCAUUUCCAUCUGCAGAGCACUAAUUUACUGAUACCUUCAAUGCAAGCAAGGAGAGACCCUAAUUACUGUGCAGUUUAGAUGAAAAUAGUUCCCAGAAUAUUCAGGCGAAAACUGCAUCUAUGCUGUGACUUUUUUUUCUAAAUAGGAAACAUUCAUAAGGUACAUAGAAAUCUUUGAAUUUCAGCAUCUUCUUAUAAUAGAGUACUGAGUUAUGUUAAUAAUAGCCAGGAUAGACUGAUCGACACGUGUAAAAGAAUGGCUGACUGGUCCAUCUCAGGGCACAAGUUUUUAAAGGGGUUGUUGAGGAAGGCGAUGGGAGGCUGAGCUUGUAAGAAAUAGAGAGCGAGUAGGCCGGUGUGGCCUCGCAUAAUGAAGGAUUCGUGUAUAGCCAUACAGUACACUCAAGAUGUGUGUUGUUGUUCGUUUUGUUUGUUUGUUUGUGGGUUCCUGUGCUACACUCCUCUUUUAUGAUGUCGUUAACACCCUCAGUUGGGGUUGGAAGUGAUGCCAACAGUUCUUUGGAUCUCAUCAGUUUUCUGUCACACUGAGCACCAAAGACUUCCCACAUCAUUCCGCGUUAGUUUUUUCUUUUUAAUGUAAACAGUAGGGUUAUGUACCAUCGUUCCUAACGUAUCUGUUUGUGAUAUUGAGCUAAAACACUCUUCUUAUGUACAUGCAAGCCAGGUGUGCUGAUGGGAGGCAGAGGUCAACCUGGUGUGGGAGAAACAUUAUUCUGGUGCAAUUGUUUUGGAAAAAAAAUCCAUUUUUUCCCCUCUCCUCCUGACUGCGGUCGCUGUGCACUGUUGAAGAGCCACGAGUGCCUACACUUGAAGUGACGUUGAUGACGUCUUGCUGACUACUCCAAGUUUCUUUAUGUUCACAUGGAGAACCCCCACCUCCCACCCCGGCCUCAGAUUAACAUGAAAAAUGAAAACAAAACAGGUUGAGCGUUAUCUCCUCCCUCUCCCGCUGACUCUCUGUUCCACGAGACAGUUUAGAAAAAGAAAAAAAAAAGCCUGACUGUUUUUGCUUUCUCACCGGUAGCAGAAAGCCCAUACUUAUGUGCCAGAGAGACGGGACACUCCCCCAGGCUCUGUGCCAAGUGGUGCUUUUAUUUCUGCUUCCAACUCCUGGAGGGAUCUUACUGGUUUUUGUAUUUAGUGUUUCCCUUUCUCUUUAAUUGGUAAAAUAACAGGGCUCGUCAAUCACUUGUGUCAUGUCUCAUGUGGUUGAACUUCACAUGCAAGCAAAUGUCAGCAGGAAAAAGCAGAAGCUAAAGCAUCAACGUCUCGAUGAACCAGCAUUUCUAACGACUAACAACUGAUAAUUCUUUCGUGCAUGGCCUUUGUUCUGUGUUCAUUUUGAGGAUUCCUAUUUAAUACUACUUCUUUUUUUAGCUCUUGAGCUGCUUUUUGUGUUCGAACUGAUCCUCUGCAUCCAUGGUUUUAUAUGUGAUUGGUGAUAAUUUCAGUGUAAUGUUGUAGGUAUUUACUUAUAAUGAAUGUUUAAGUGGAAUUUAUUGCUAUUUUCAAGUUCAAUAAAUCUGUUCUUUUUGUA